AAGGGACACGUGAACGCGGACAUUUAAAGUGCGCGCACGUCUCUAGGCCGUAAAUACGUCAGCGCGCCCUCGUUCUUCCUUUCUCUCGUCCUGAAGAUGGCGGCAGGGACUCUGUACACGUACCCAGAGAACUGGCGGGCCUUCAAGGCCCAGAUUGCUGCCCAGUACAGUGGCGCUCGCCUCAAAGUGGCCAGCAGCCCCCCUGCCUUCACCUUCGGGCAGACAAACCGUACUCCUGCCUUCCUCAACAACUUCCCUCUGGGCAAGGUACCCGCCUACCAGGGAGAUGACGGCUUCUGUCUGUUUGAGAGUAAUGCCAUUGCUCACUUCUGUAAGUCUCACAUGUACUAAUUAAAUGGUUAACUUAAGUGUGUUGUGCGCUAUCAAUUUUGGUGUUUAUCCAAAAGGUCUAUUUAUAGUUUAAAA